ACCAAGGGCGCCAUUCGAGUGUGGACGUUCAUGUGUACGUGUAUGCGUGCCUGUCGCAGCGCCUGCGCAUUAACAUUCACUGCGCAGUCGUAGUCCGACCAGGAUGGCGCCCAUGUGAUAACGUUUUACGCGUAUUCAUGGUGAAGUUUCCCAUCUUGCGCCGCUACGCGGCGCUAUACGAUCUUUGGUUAUGACUUGUGUACAUGUGUAAUAAGACGACCUACUGACCUCGUCCAAUAACUUGGACCCUGCUGUCCCUAUAGCACAGGCUACGGUCAAAGUUACUCGGACCACCAUGGUCGGACUAGGUCCUUUGUAAGACCCUUGUAUUGUUCUAACUGUGCGUGUAUGACACCAUCCUGCAUCAGUGAAUAGCAUCAACGAGAUGGCAAGUAGUAACUACGACGACCUCUCCAAUGAGACAGAGGAGGAAUUCACCGCCCGCAUCUCAAGCAAAGUGGAAAGCGGCCUGAACUGCAUGAGUGUGGCUAUGGGGAUCGAGACGGGACUCUUCAGGGUCAUGAUCAGCCUGGGAGAACCCAAGACCUGCCAGGAUAUUGCGGAUGCUGGUGGGUACAAGGAGAGAUACGUCCGAGAGUGGUUGGUCAACAUGGUGGCGACCAACAUUGUUGAGUAUGACGCAGCGAGAGAAACGUACUGGCUCCCUCCACACCGCCACUGCAUUGAUGGGUCGGUGAAAGCCACUGCAAUGACCAGGGCAAUCCCUACCCUGUGUGCCGCAUUCUUUGAUGUGGCUGAGUGCUUCAAGAAAGAUGGCCCUCCAGGCGUGUCCUAUGACAAGUAUGGGAAGUUUGAUGAGUUGAUGACCCUGAUGAGUCAGGUUUUCUUCAGGGAGCGUUUGGUGCAACAUUUCAUCCCCACCAUGCCUAAGGUGCAUCAGGAACUGCAGCAAGGCAUCAAGGUUCUUGAAAUCGGAUGCAGUCAGGGCAUCUCAACGAUGGCCAUUGCCAAGAACUUUCCCAAGAGUCAGGUGUACGGAAUCGACAUCACCGAAGAUGGCAUCAGGCACGCCCAGGUGAAGGCCGAAGAGAUGGGCAUAACAAAUGCCCAGUUCCUUUGCAUGUCCGCCAGUCUCUUGCCGGCGGACUGGUCCGAGAAGUUCGACUUUGUAUUCAUGCACAACGUCCUCCAUGACUUGCCCCACCCGAUGAAGACACUCAUCGAGGUUCAUCGCAUCCUCAAGGUGGGUGGGACCAUGUCAGUCAUCGACCCAGCCGGCUACUCCAAGUUGGAGGAUAAUUUGUCCAAGGCAGCUGAGUUUACCAGAUCUGUCUCUGUCCUGAGUAUGAUGAAUUGUGUGCCGACCUCAUUAUCAGUUGAGGGUGGGAUGGGCCUGGGAGCACUCUGGGGGCGGGAGAAAGCCCAAGAGAUGAUGCGAGCUGCCAAAUUUGAAGUAAUUGCAGUAAGUCCAGUGGCCACAAGGAAUUCCCUCAACUAUCAGUGCCAGAAAAUUUGAAAAAAAAAAACAACUUUCCAAUUAAAUUGCUUCCAUGAGUAGUGAAUUCCGAGCACCCCCUCCAAUUAAAUUGUUUCCAUGAGUAGUGAAUUCCGAGCACCCCUCCAAUUAAAUUGUUUCCAUGAGUAGUGAAUUCCGAGCACCCCCUCCAAUUAAAUUGUUUCCAUGAGUAGUGAAUUCCGAGCACCCCCUCCAAUUAAAUUGUUUCCAUGAGUAGUGAAUUCCGAGCACCCCCUCCAAUUAAAUUGUUUCCAUGAGUAGUGAAUUCUGAGCACAACAGACUGGCCAAACUCGAGUUUGGAAAGCACAUGAAUUUUGUCGAAGUACAAAGAAGAGUUAAGCAUCGAGCAAAGCUGGGGCUGGAGAUGAUGUGCAAUGCCCUAUUUCUAUGGACCUUCCAAGCCUGUGCCCCUUUAAUGUCUUUGCAUACUCGUCUCUCUUUCUCUCUUCCACACCGAUAAUUUUGAAUAACUGUACAAAUAAAUGCAAUAUCUAGACUUUGGACACUUGAUAAAAAGACAUUGCUACGUUGUGUCACAUCGAAGCCUGUUGAUGUGCGAGUUGAUACCCAUUCAUCAACUCACUACAAAUAAAGCAAUGUAUCACUGGCUCUCAUUUUGUACUUCUAAUGUGAUUUUUAAAAGUAUUUUUAUGCUAAAAUUAUUGAUCGUAUCAGUAACUUGUGUAACUUUUUUGUUUAUUUUCCACAUAGAGUACUAGAAUCAAUGUAACAAAGUUGAAUAGAUUGUUAUGUUAAUAAACAAAACAUGCAUGAUUUUAUUUGAA